GUUCUUGGAAGACUUAGAUAUAAAAUGUGAAUUCUUUAGGCUAAAAUUAAAUUAAGUUCUAAAUAUAGGAGUAGAUCUAGUUUUAAAACAACUUGCUCUAAUUAUAAAAUGGAUGACCUGAUUUAAUGCAAGGUUUGGGGCUGUAUACUAUCCAGCCUUUAUUUGCUGUAUAUUAUACGACUGUUUAAGAAUUAAGGCAUUCUUCCUAACCCGGAUUUAAAAGUUUAUGUACAAUGUACAUGCUAGGUCAGACGUGUAUGUACAAUGUACAUGCUAGGUCAAUAUUCGUGUACAUAAGAAGCAGUUUAUCUGCACAACUGUGUGUUCUUUCGGAAAGCAGAACGUCAGCUACGCAUUACGUUUAAAUUCAAAAACGGGUAUAAAUAUUCGAUAGCGCACAAGCGGAGGACAAUUUUUUAUUGGAGAAAGGUUCGAUGACAGCUCGCACUUUACCUCAGCAAACACGUCCCCACGACCAUAACCUUAUCCCCUUGAUUCAGACAUGAUGAGGGACUUAUCGCGGGCAGUUGUGUUAGAUCCGGGUUCGGACACUCUGAAGGCUGGUUUUGCGGGCGAAGAUUUUCCCUCGGUGGUGUGCCCGAGCCUCGUGUGCAAGGGCGCCUUACCACCAGAUGUAUCAGACGCUUUAUUCUCGGUUCUAGACGCCGAGGAUGUAGACUUCGAUAGUUCAAGCUCAGAACAUUCCAAUUCGCCUUGUGAUAUACAUCUUGAAGUCCCUAUCGAACACGGCCUUAUUGCCGACUGGGAAGCGAUGGUCGAUAUGCUGGAAUUAACAUUUAAAGACAGACUGGCUGUGGAUCCUAAAGAUCAUCCUAUUCUUAUUACAGAAUCUCCCGUAAACCCCGCAUACCUGCGAGAAAAACUAACGGAGAUCAUGUUUGAGACGUUUGGAACUCCGGGACUUUACGUAAAAGACACAUCAGUUCUGUCCUUAUUCAGCGUAGGACUCGACAACGGGAUUGUGGUUGAGUCAGGGCAUGCCUCAACGUACACAAGUGUUGUCCACGACGGUGUUGUACUCAGAAAUACCAUCCCGAAAACCUUUUAUUCUGGAAAUGACGUCACAAAAUAUGUUAUGCGAAUGCUAAGUAAAAAAAGUGAAUGCAAAGAUGGAAAUGACAUUAUAGCGGUUGCUAAGGCUGUCAAGGAAUCGAUUUGCUUUGUUUCGGAAGAUUUCAGUGCAGACUUGAAGCUAGCUCAAUCAAUGGACAUUUAUGAACGCCUGUUCGAUCUACCAAAUGGUAAACAAAUAUCCCUGAACUUGGAACGUAUGUUUGCCGGAGAAUGUCUUUUUCGACCGGAAAUAUUCGGAUGCAAUUGUCCUGGCUUGCAUCGUCAGGUUGGCAGGACUUUAAAUCUGGCUAAUCCGGAUAUACGAAGAUCAGUGUGUCAGAAUGUUGUAUUAUCCGGGGGAAAUACAUUGUUUCCAGGACUCUCAGUAAGGCUACAGAUGGAACUAAAUAGGCUUAUACCUUGUAGCUAUGGGGUGAAGGUUUUGGAAUAUCCUGAUAAGCAGCAUUACGCAGCAUGGAUUGGCGGGUCAAAAAUGGCGUCGUCUGAUGAUAUGCUCACUCGGUGGAUAAGCAAAGAGGACUACGAAUGUCAUGGGGCAGCAAUUGUAAAUAAAAAAUGCACGCUCUCAAAUUGAUGUUGACAAAUAUUGUUGGUGUUUUUCGUUUUUGCAACAAUAUUUUCUCAUAUCUUAUGGUAAAUACGUUGUCAAGCUCGUAUUAGCGCCUUGCGAGCUGAUACUAACAUAUAUUUCAAGACAAUAAGUACAAACCCUUUUGUGUCGUUAGAAAGUGUCGUUAGAAAUUUAUAACAUGUCAUGUUGAAAUGAAAAUUCAUUUAUUGGCUGUGUUAAGUACACAGUAUUGUUCUUUAAAAAUACAAAAGUAUGUGUAUUCUUUAUGUGGAACAUGCGAUCAAAGUACAGCAUUAGAAUAUUACGAUGUUUAUCUUUAUCAAGUUGUAUUUUACUUUAAUUACAAGUGAUUGUAAUGCAACAAUCAAAAACGUAUUUACAUCCGUUACAUUAAACUGCGUAUAUAAUAAAGUUAUGUUAUA